AUGAAUGAGCCACGGCCUGAUAGGCGAAGGCAUAUGGGCCACGUUAUAGCAGUUGAACCAUUACCCGAAGCAUUUGCUAACCCUGAACACCGACCUUUCAACCAUGAAGCAAUAGAUUUUCCGCAGAUCAAAGAAUGGAUAGAAUACUGUGAUAAAAAUCACCUGCAGCGCUGCAAACCAGAAAAAUUCACUCUACCACCGAACUUUAAAGUCAUCGACUGCAGGGAGCCAGAAGACAUCAACCGCGAGGAACCAACUGUUGUAUCCGUGGGUGACGAUUGCGAAUAUGCUGCAUUGUCAUAUGUCUGGGGCAAUAUAGAAGAUAAAUUUCCCCAAGUCGUCAAGGACAGCAUCAAGGUAGCUCGUCAACUCAAGUGCGAAUAUUUAUGGGUCGAUCGGCUUUGCAUCAAUCAAGACCCCAAAGACCCCAACAAGCAAGAACAGAUAAAAAAGAUGGAUGCGAUAUAUUCCCGAGCAAUUUUCACGAUUAUCGCCGCCGCUGGAACAAACUGCAAUUCCGGCUUGGCCGGCAUAACUUUUCCUCGCAUAUCCAGCCCAAAACAGCGAUGCGUACAGGUUGAUGGCGUAAAGCUCACCUACGUCGGUACACCUGCCGCAGAAAAGAUUCAGUCCAGUACAUGGGGUUCUCGUGGUUGGACAUAUCAGGAAGGCCUUCUAUCACACAGGCGAAUCUAUUUCACCAAUGAGCAAGUCAUAUUUCAGUGCAAUAAUAUGACUUGUCUCGAGUCAUUUGCUAUUCCCAUGGAUGUCUUGCACAGACUUGAUAUCCCCAAUACGAAACUACAGCCUGUCCUCAAGGAUACUGAGCCUCUUUUCUUACCUCUGAAAGAUAUUGGGAAGCAUUUAAUGGAGUUCAGUAAGAGAAAUUUUAGUCAUGACAGAGAAACUCUAGAUGCCUUUUUAGGGGUACUGAACGCCUGUCACAGAGAAGAGGGAUAUUUCCACUUCCUAGGAAACCCGCUUAUUCGUAAAAAGAAGGGCUGGCGUUGGCUGAUUAAUGCUUGGUACCAUGUCCAGCCUGGAGCUAGAAAGGCCGAUUUCCCUAGCUGGUCUUGGACUGGUUGGAAAGGCGAAAUCACGAUGACCAGCUAUGAUACUCCGGACCAUGACAUUCGAUUGCUCAGGGAAGAUGGAUGUUCAAUCUCGCUCGAUGAUUACAGGACGGAGUACAACACAAACCCGCCACAACCCAUGAAACCCGUCAUUCAACUGGAAGGGAUGAUGACAAUGAUGUCGUUCGAACUCAUUAAAUGGGGUUCAGAGACAACUAUUCUAAACAGGACGUUCAAUCAAACGGUGGUACAAGAUGGCCCUUGGGCGAUACUUCCGUUAACCACGGGUAUUACGUGCUACUCGUUCUUGUACCUCGAUAACGAGGCAAUGACGGGCCUUUAUCAAUUCGAACUUCCAAUCAUGGUGUUGGAGUUUGGGAUUGAGUCGCGAGACCACAACAUUAUCAUACUGGUACUAAGAGAAGAGGGUGAUCUGUACGAACGAGUUGGGAUGGUUACCAUAAGGGGCGGAUUCGAGUCUAAUAUUAAAAAUGGAAAGGCGCCAGCAAAGCUAACUAUGUAUAAAGACAAAAGUCGGGGAUGGAUGACCCGGGUACCAAUAUCUAAUUCACGCGAUUGUAUCUGGCAGAAGGAUCUCGAGAAGAAGACUAUCAUGUUGCAAUAG